AUGACUAAUCAUAUUGCAAUAAUAUCAAGUGCCACAUUAUCCUUAAUUGGAUAGAUGAUAAUAGUAAUACUUUUUUUCUAUUUUACCAAACUUCGAAAUGGGCUAAUUCCUAGAAUCAUCCUCUAUCUCACAAUCGGUGGUAUUAUAUAGACCAUAGGGAUUCUGGGAUCGAGCUUUGAUGAGUUAAAUUGUACAUUAUUUGGAUUGUUUAGAUUAUAUGGAGGGUUAAGUUCAAUAAUAUGGAGUUCAAUUUUGAUAUAUUCGAUAAAAUAAGUAGUUAAUUCAUCAAUGACAUAGUUGUUUAUGGUUUUUAAUAAUUAGAAUUCAUCAGAAUUCAUGGAUAUCAGAGAUAUUCUUAACAAGCUAGUUAAAUUGGAGAUGAAGUUUUGUUUAUAUUCUUUUGGCCUUCCAUUACUCUUAUUAACAUAUCCAUUGUUGACAGCUUUAAUUUAUGAUUCCAAGAACUCUCAACUUUGUUUAUUUUAUAAUAUACAGACCGAUCCAUUACUCUAAAAGAUGCAAUUGAAUAUUUAAAAAUUGAUUCUUUGGAUUAUUCCAAUAAGUUUAUACUUGAUUUAUAGUUUGAGCAUUUUGAAUAGGAUAAAACAUGUAAUAAAGGAUGAUCAAGAAAAACAGGAAAUCUACAUCGAGGUAAAAAAGUUAAUUAAACAAAUUCUGUCAUUUCCCAUAAUAACAUUUAUUUGCACUCUGAGUUUUACAGUAGAAGACAUCUAGAGUCUGUUUAUGUCUUAGAUUGGACUGACAUAGACCUCUAUUUCUCUGGCUUUUUUGAGUUUUUGGGGAUUUUUGAAUUGCUUGGCUUAUUUGAGUCAAGAUUCAGUGAGAUUGGAGAUCAGAAGCAGAAAAAUGUCAGAAGAAUAAUAAGAUAUGUGAAGGGAUGAUAUAAGAGGAAAGGACACGAAGAUUAAGUAUAAGUUAGGAAUGUUACUUUUAUAAUGUUUAAAUGGCAAACAAGAAUGAUAGUUUAUGAGAAGUAUACAAUACUCAAUGUAGAAUUAAUACUAAACGUCUGUUUAUAUUUAAUA